AAAGGCCUGAAAAAGACAGGGGGACAGGUGUGUGGGGCUAGGUACCGGCGUGGUUGGGCCACUUUUUGAAUUCGAUGUGAGGGUGACAGGAGAUGAGGCUGAAGCAGCCAGGAGAGCUUUGCAGCUCAUUCCACACCCUGUGCCAGGGAUCCUCGGGGCACUGGAACAGCAUGGAGGGGAGACUUCCUGGAGGUGGUGCCGAAGCUGGGCCUUGAAGAGUGAGGGUUUGCCUGAGGGACAGGGAGUAGAACAGACUUUCCAGCAGAGACCAGCAAAUGCAGAGCUCCCAGCAGGAAAGAACAAGCCAAGUGCUGGAAACUGCCUGCAUGGCCCUAGCCAGGCCAACAGUAGUAUAGUCUUGGCCGGCAUCUUUGGAGAUGCGCGUUCCCUAAGUACACUCGAAUCUGCAUUCUUGAUUUCUGCAGUGGUUCAGAGCACAGCUAGGGUCAAGAGGCACCAGCAGUGUUUGCAGGAAGUCCAGGAAGCUCUGGGGUCUGGCUGUGAAGGGCGUGGUAUGGUUGCUUUUCCAAGGGAAUCUGUGUCUAGCCUGUGGGCAUAAGCAGUGGAAACCUUUGGCUCUGGCCCUUAACGCCUUAAAACUACAUGUAGAGGUUUAACAAAUCGCUGUAAAAUGGGCAAGGGCUGUAAAGGCACACAUCGGUAACAAGGUUGGAAACCACCUGUUGCCCAUCAGUCUUGAGUAAAAUUUGACCUGCCCGCAUCGUGGGAAACUGUACCUGCAGAAAAGGAUGGGGGUCCUUUUGUAUACCAUAUGGACCAAUCUGCAAGAUAGUAAGUGUUUCCAAACAGGACAUUCGUGAGCAGAUUUGGGACUACAUGGAGUCACGAAAUUUAGCUGAUUUUCCCCGGCCUGUUCAUCACAGGAUUCCCAACUUCAAGGGUGCUUCUCGGGCCGCUGAGCAUUUCCCACGUUUGCAGGCGUUCAAAAUGGCCAGAACCAUUAAAGUCAACCCUGACGCACCCCAGAAAAAUGCCCGCUUCUUCGUCCUCGACAGCAAAAAAACGUUGUUGGUUCCGACACCACGACUGAGAACGGGGUUGUUUAAUAAGAUCACACCACCCCCCGGGGCAACUAAAGACAUCUUGAGAAAAUGUGCCACCUCUCAGGGCGUGAGGAACUACAGCACUCCCGUGGGCUUGGAUUCCAGGGUCCUUGUGGACUUAGUGGUGGUGGGGUCCGUGGCUGUUUCUGAAAAAGGCUGGAGAAUUGGGAAGGGAGAAGGCUACGCCGACCUUGAAUACGCCAUGAUGGUGUCGAUGGGAGCGGUCAGCCAGGGGACGCCGGUGGUCACCAUCGUCCACGACUGCCAGGUUGUCGACAUACCUGAGACACUCCUUGAGGAUCACGACCUCACCGUGGACUAUAUUCUCACUCCAACUCGAGUCGUCACCACGGGCUGUGCGCGCCCCAAGCCAGCAGGAAUCGUGUGGUCCAAGAUCAGCUGUGAGAUGAUGGGGAAAAUGCCAGUCCUCAGAAGCCUGCGCUGCCGAGAGGAGCAGGCCGGGAAGGACGUCACCCUUCGGGAUAAACACCGGAGCCUUCCGGGUGCCCGGGCCGCCCUGAGCACCGUCAGAAGCCCGCGGGAGCUGCCCUCGCUGGAAUCGGGCUCCGUGCCGGGGGAGGAUGUGCCUUCCAGCACUGUUUACGUUGGGAACCUCCCCCGGGACGCCCGGGUGAGUGAGCUGAAGCGAGCCCUCAGCGCACGGGGCGCGGCUCCCUCACGGCUCACUUGGCAGGGGCCGCAGCGCGGGGCCUUCCUCCACUACCGGGACCCGGCCGAGGCCUGGCAGGCCAUCUCUCGCUUGCAGGGCUUCUGUCUGGGCGCCAACACAGCGAGGGUGGCGCUGGCCAGGCAGCAGGGGGCCAGUGGCCCGGCGGGCGGCCGCGCUGGAGAGCCGCACCCUGACCCGUGACAACAUCCCACUCCGGCCCCCGGCGAACUUCAGAGCCCAGCACAGCGGGAUGUGGUGGAGCUUUGCUGCACGAGCUGCUUUGAGUUCAGUCCUUUCCGGGAAGUCAGAGCUUCAGUUGGUGCCUGGUGUCUCCUGAGGGGCAGGGAAGUCAGCCGUAAUAUACUUCCCAUCUUCUGAAGGCGGAAAGGUCCAUGUUCAGGCUUUGGCUUAUCCUGGUCCUUCAGCCUGCUGGACGUCACAGCCCUGCUGGUGUCUUGGUUUAGGGGACUGAGUGGGCAGUAAACAGGAGUAAAUGCUGACAGCAAUUUAAUUUGGGGGAGUCUGUGUUUUGAACUUGAGAGGCGUGGGGGAUUAAGAGAAGGUGGACAGAGGACCAGAUGCAGAGGCAUGGCGGCUCAGAUCCAGAAGACAUCCUUGUGUUCCUGGCUCCUUGGCCUGGCUCCUUUUCCCUAGAAGGGAAAAGAUGCGUUCAGCUCGCAGAAGCCAGGUGGUUCAGUCCCCUGGGUGCAGACUGCUUGUCACAGCUCAGUCCUGGUGUCGGAGAUGGAGGCCAAUCUGACGUGGACCCUUGGCUGUGUGGUCUCACCUCUGUCCCCUCCUUACCUUUCCGGCCAGGCUCCUCCCUCAGGGUGAACACCCUCUGCUCUCGGCCAGCUGCCCCUCAACAGCAGGGAGCUCUGUGUCUAGGAAGUCCUGGCUUUCAAUGAGUUGUCCCAGCCUACGUCACAGACGAGGCCAGACAGAUGCUCACACACUCAUUUGUCCACUGUCGUAUGUUUUCCGUAUGUUUUCUUUCCCUCCAUUUCUCUGUUCCUGAAAAUCAAGCUGGAUUUUGGCUGAACUGUGCUUUCUAAACAGAAGUGCUUUUGCAGUUGAUCCUGGGUGAAAAGUCAAGAUAAGCAUUUAAGUGGAGAUUUCAUUUUUUUUUUUUCAAAUGUAUAUGCACUGGAUAUUUUUAUUUUUUCACAAGAGAGUCUUACUGAGCAUGUUUUAAACCCAUUAUUAUGCCUCAAGGGGCAGGCCUUGCCUGCACUUUGAAGAUAAUGUUCUCAAGGCUCUCAGUCUCCCUUUGAAAAAGCAUUUUCUCCUUGGUUUUACAACGAAAAUGCAGUGGAGACUUUGGAAAGAGAAUUGAUGCUUAGAUUUGCUCGGUUAAAUGCAGACUC